AUGGCGGAGGCUUUUGGCAUUUCGAAUAACAAUGCUGCUGCAAGGGAGGCCGACAACAACCUACGACCACCUGAGCGGGUACAUUUGUCUCAGGAAGAUGGCCGUCCCCGCCAUACACAGUCGCAAGCUUCGCUCCGAUCGCAAGCGGCAAUAGCUUCGAUUCCAUCAAAUACAGUACCCCACACUCCCAGAGGGGAGGCCGACGUGGCGGAGGAACUGGCAUGGGGUCCGGCUCAUCCAUGUUAUCCUCAUAUCAACCCUCAUGUCCCGAUCGGGAGUCACGAAUAUAUGACUACGCGAAUCAUUCGUAUUAAGCGAGAUUGGAUGGUCAAGGGCGAUUUGGCGCCGACGUUUUCGAAUCUAUACCCAGAGAUUCUCGACCCAUUACUGCCCGAGCAUGAGUUUCGAAAUGUCAUUGCGACGGUGAAUGAUGAGCUCGUCAAGGCAUUUGAUCCGUUUAGUCUCCGCAACUGGAUUGAUGGCGCUCUGGGGCUGGUAACGGGAUGGAUCUGGGAAGACAUCGGAGCACCCGGCAUCAAGAGCCAUCUGAAGCAGCUCGAGACUUGGCUGGACAGAUGGAACAAAGAGGUCGGUGCAAAGGACGGGGUGCGUAUCUGGAGUCUUCGCCGGACCGGAUACAUGUCGUUGGACAUUCAGAUUCCUGAUCCAAAGGUUGGAAUCAUCCACAGCGAGGCAUCACUGCCUGGUACUCGACCCAACAGUGGUGUUCCGGGAUAUUAA